UAAAAGGAAAUCUUGAUUUCUGAGGUGUUGAAAACCAAGCAGAACGCAAGGAGCUAUGCGAGGCACUAUAUGGAUUGUCUUUUUUGACAGCGCCGUCAGGAGUUGCAUUUCAGAUAGGGGGUAUCGGACAGCAAGCGCACGCAGAGUUGCUUAUGCUUGAGCGCCGGUUCGGGUGGACAGAGGAGCGCACAUUGUGAUUUGAGAUCUGUGGUGGUCAUGGGAGCCGCAGAUCUGAAGAAGAAGGGGAAGGGGAAACCCGAGGUCAACCCCCUCGACGUCUUCGCCACCAAGGUGCGCACGCACAAGGCCCUCGAGUCGCGAUGGGCCGUACUCCAGGGGAAGGAAGCGCGGGUUGAGUACUUCCGGGGCAAAGACUUUGCCGAGUUUCUGAAGAGCCAGAGCGAGCUUCUGACCUUUGCUCUUGAGAAUGCUGGGGUGAGGUGGAUGCCUGCCCCGGGGGGCAUGAGCGACGUCGAGAAGAUUGGCCAGGCGUUGAUCAGGGCCAAGCUGUUGAUACGGUGCGACCGGCUGAACAAGACAAUCCGCCCCGGGAAGAAGAAGCUGUCCAAGUUUCCGGCGAGGCUCGUGGAGUACCAGCCUGCCGUCUUCUCGGAGGAGGACGGCUUCUACGCCUGGACCUUUGAGCGCAAGAUGUCUGCGUUGCAGUGGGCGCUCUCAGCGAUCGUCCCCAUCUUCACCCUCAGCGCGUGCCUCUUCCCCGUCUUCCCGCGCAUCGUCAAAGUCGGCGUGCUCUACUUCUGCAUCUUCUUGCUCAGCUUCAUCUUCGGGCUGCUUCUAGUACGCGCGGUCAUCUUCUCCCUCUCCUGGAUGCUCCUGGGCAAGCGGUACUGGUUCCUGCCCAACAUCUUCUCCGACGACGUCGCCACCAUCAAGGAGCUCUUCCGCGUCCUCCCGACCAAGGACGACGAGGACCCGCCCAAAUGGACGUCGCGCAUCCUGGCGGCAUUCUUGGCGGCGGGCUUCGUGUGGAUUCUGGCGCGGCACGGGCCCGGGGAGGACCAGCGGAAACGGAUGAGCGGAAAGGUGACGAACACCCUGCACGAGUGGUUGGAGUGGAACCCGGCGCAGAUCAGUGGCAACGUCACGGCAGCGGCGAAUGUGACGAGUCCGAACGUGACAGAAGAUGCGAACUUGACGGAAGGAAUAGUGGAUGAGAAGGUGGGGCCGGGGAACGAUUCAGGUGGUGAGGAAGGUCUGACGAGUAAGGAGGAGGUAAUUGAGGACAUCAAGGGAGGGCCAAGGCAAGACGAGAAGGACCCUGAGAUAGAUCAACAAAGACACGAGCUUUAGGCUCUCCGCGUCUUGUAUCACAAAGAUCUGGCUAAAAAGAGUGCCAGCCUUCAAUAAGCCCGCCCUGAACAGUCCUGUUGACGAAAUGAGUUUCAUUUUUGAGCUUUAGAUGUACGGUCAACGCGUUGGGCUGUCGCUUGACCUCCUCACCUGUUGCUUCAACAAUGUUAUAAUGCGUGGGCGCCUCGUGUUGGGCGCCCGUUGCACCACUGAGGCCUGC